AUGGCCAAUCCAACUUCUUACCCCUCCCUUCCUUCACCCUUUCAGCCUGCCUUCUCCCCGCCCCUUCCACUCUCACGACCAGCAUCACGUCAAUCUACACGGAUCAUUACUCCAGCUAAAACACACGCAAACUUUGUCCGCCCCGACCCCGAUAACCGGUGUUCACUAGCUGCUAGAAACCAGUCUGAUGCCUCCAGGAGAAGACAGACCUCCCAAUCUCAGACACAAUCUUCCAGCAAGAAAAGCAAGAAGAAAACCAGCUCGAAGUCGAAUUCAACUAACAAAAAAUUGAAAACCAAACAUACCAGUACAAAAAAAUCUGCUUCCAAGAAAAGGAAAGCCGUUGAAUCUGAAGAGAUCGAGUCCAAAAAUACUUCCGCUACUCCUUUGGAAGACGAGUCGGCAAGCAAGCAUGAUGAUAUCAUUGAUGGGAUUGAUCUUGUCCGGGACUCUGGCGAAGAGAACGAGAACUUUUCAAAGAAAAAGAACACCCAAAAACGACCUGCAAAACAAUUCAAUGACAUUGAAUCGUAUUUUGAGACACCUGUACAUGGUGAAGGCGAAGUAAGUUCUUCUUGCUUUCUUUCAGUCACAGUGUUUGAUAGUGGGCACAUGGAAUUUUACUGA